GGAAAAACUGAGCGCCCGUGUUGCAGAGGUAAAGCGCUUCCACUCCGGUGCCUUUUUUGAUCCCUGAAGCUGCAUCCAUGGAUUCGUCUUCGAAUUUGAAUCCUGUUCGCGAAGAUAACUCGGAAGAAUAUAGAGUUCCAAGAGAAGCGACCGCUUCUGCCUUCUCCGCUCGUCCUCUUCGCCCUCCUUCUACGAAUUCUUCGGAUAAGUAUUCACCUGUAGAGUGGUCAAGCUAUUUUGAUAAAGAAGAGGAUAUAUCAGUCCCUGGUUCCAACGAUGUCUUUCACGUAUAUAUGGCAGGAACCGAAGGACCUGUCGUUUUUUGUCUUCAUGGAGGUGGCUACUCCGGGCUCUCAUUUUCUGUCGCAGCAAAUCAAAUUAAGGAGAAAGCUCGUGUAGUUGCAAUGGACUUGAGAGGACAUGGAAAGUCAGUUACGGAAAAUGAAUUGGACUUAUCAAUCGAGACCAUGUGCAAUGAUGUUUCUGCCGUGGUGAAGGAGUUGUAUGGAGACUCCCCUCCAGCGAUUGUGCUUGUUGGUCACAGCAUGGGAGGUUCAGUCGCUGUGCAUGUUGCUGCAAACAAAACGUUGCCUAGCUUGGCUGGGCUGGUCGUUGUGGAUGUUGUUGAGGGGACUGCUAUUGCUUCGUUGAUUCACAUGCAGAAAAUUCUAGCAAACAGAAUGCAACACUUUCCCAGCGUUGAAAAAGCGGUUGAGUACAGUGUUAGAGGUGGCUCAUUGCGGAACCUUGACUCUGCUCGCGUCUCCGUCCCGUCAACUCUGAAAUACGAUGAUUCAAAGCAAUGCUACGUUUACCGGACACGUUUGGAUGAAACGGAACAAUAUUGGAGGGGCUGGUACGAAGGUCUCUCAGACAAGUUCUUGUCAUCUCCAGUUCCCAAAAUCUUACUCUUAGCCGGAACAGACCGGUUGGAUAGAGCCCUUACGAUCGGUCAAAUGCAAGGCAAGUUCCAGAUGGUGGUUGUCAGACACACAGGGCAUGCCAUACAGGAAGAUGUGCCUGACGAGUUUGCCAAUCUCGUGACGGGUUUCAUAUCGCGAAACAGGAUCGGGCCUCAUGGUGUGGAGAUUCCAGGCCUCCUUCGGCGGUCACAGCCAAAGCCUUAGCCGCGACCAGCAACCCCCCAACGUCACUUUCUGUUUCUAGUUGUAAUAAUGGAACCGAGUAGAAUGCUUGUACUGUUCGGUUAUAUAUAAAUCUGAUUCGGAUGCUGCGUUAUCGUAUAUGAUUUUUCUAAAAACA